AUGGCGGAGUACCGGCGCUCCACGGCGCUGGCUGCGGCGCUGCAGGUCUGCAAGCCGGACGUGGCGCUGCUGCUGCUGCGGCACGGGGCGCGCUUCGCCGCCAACCUGGCCGAGGAGGACCGGCCCGUCCGCGGCGGGAAGACAGGGGAGGAAGUGUUUCGGUUAACAUCUGGGAUAGGGGUGCCAAAAGAUAAGGAAACAUGGUGGUGGAACGAAGAGGUGCAGAAGUUUGUGAAAGAAAAGAAAGAUGCUAAGAGGAAGUGGGAUAUGUCUGGAAGUGCUGAGGAUGGGCAAGCAUACAAAAGUGCAAAGAAGGAGGCAAAACGAGCCGUGGCUAAAGCUAAAGCUGAAUCAGUUAGAGAGGCAUACGAACAACCACAGAAAAGUCAGGAUAUGAGACAACUGAUACGGAUAGGCAAAUCAAGAGAUAAAGCUUCUAAGAAUCUAACAGCAAUAAAACGAAAGAUGAAACAGGAAUAA